AUGGAAGCCAUUGUGUGCGGUCAGAAUGAAAUCAAAUCCGGCUUCCCAAGGAUUAUCACCUGCCCCAACGAGAUGGUGGCUCUUUCAAUGGCCGACGGAUAUGCUCGACUUACCGGUAAACCUCAAUGUGUCAUUGUACAUGUCGAUGUUGGCACUCAAGCACUAGCCGCGGCUGUUCACAAUGCAUCCUGUGGUCGUGCGCCCGUCUUGAUUUUUGCCGGAUUAUCGCCCCAUACCAUCGAGGGCGAAUAUCGAGGUUCCCGGACAGAAUUCAUCCAUUGGCUCCAAGAUAUACCCGACCAAAAACAGCUUGUAGCCCAAUAUUGCAGAUACACGUCCGAAAUAAAGGCAGGUCGCAACAUUAAACAAAUUGUGAACCGCGCCUUACAGUUUGCAACCAGUGACCCGCAGGGUCCAGUAUAUCUUUGUGGAGCAAGAGAGACCAUGGAAGAGAUCAUUGAACCUUACAGUCUGGAUCAAUCACUCUGGGAGCCAGUCGUCUCCGGUCCGCUCGCUGGCGAUGCUGUGGAGCUCAUCUCAAUCGCCCUUGUCAACGCAAAAUCUCCUCUUCUCGUUGUCGGGUAUUCGGGGCGCAAGGCCGAGGGUCUCUCGGCAGCAGUCGCUGUAGCUGAUCAAGUACCAGGCCUCAAAGUUCUCGAUAGUGGUGGGUCUGAAGUGUGUUUCCCUGCAGAUCAUCCGGCGUAUCUCGGGUUUGCGUAUGGAGUGCACGAAGAAAUCGAGAAAGCAGAUUUUAUUCUUGUCGUAGAUUGCGAUGUUCCAUGGAUUCCCACCAGAUGCAAGCCGACCCCUGGGGCAAAGAUCAUUCACAUCGAUAUUGACCCGCUCAAACAACAAAUGCCAGUGUUCUACAUUCCUGCAUCAGCUCGUUUCAAAGCCGACUCGGCGCUUGCUUUGAAUCAGAUUUCACACCACAUCAAGUUAAACCUGUCGAGUGAACUAGGGACUGAGGAACAUCGGAAAGCCGGACAAGAGAGGCAACGACUAUACGACACGAGGCAGCAAUAUUUAAAAGAUCUGGCAAAGCCUCUUUCACCGCCAGUGAGUUCUGUGAUUCAACCACAUUUAUUGGCCGCCAAAGUCAAGGCGGCUGUGCCUUCAGACACAAUAUUUGCUAUUGAAGCCGUGACUUUGACAGGAGCCUUCGCUGACCAGAUCGCACCUGUGUCGCCCAAAUCGUGGAUCAACUGCGGCGGUGGCGGUCUAGGUUGGUCGGGCGGCGGUGCUCUCGGCAUCAAGCUAGCAACAGACUUCGAACAACGGACUCCUGGGAAUCGUCAUGGAACAAAUCAAGGUCGUUUUGUCUGCCAGAUUGUUGGAGACGGAACCUAUAUGUUCUCAGUGCCAUCAUCAGUGUACUGGAUUGCUGGGAGAUAUGAUAUCCCUAUUCUUACCAUAGUUCUCAACAAUAAGGGUUGGAACGCUCCGAGAAAGUCUUUGCUACUUGUGCAUCCGGAUGGCGAAGGUAGUAAGGUGAACAACCUGGACCUCCACAUCAGUUUCGAACCAACGCCAGACUACUCCGGAAUUGCAAAGGCUGCAACCGCGGGGAAAUGCUGGGGAUGUUCUGUGAGUACGAUUGAGGAGCUUUUGGAACAGUUGCCCAAAGCUGUCCAGGUAGUUCAAUCUGGUGUCACUGCCGUACUAGAGGUAAAGCUGGAAACCACAUAG